AUGGCGGUGGUGGCGGCGUCGGCAUCGGCGUCGACGCCGCAGGGUGUGGCGGAGCGGCGGGGCAUCCCGGCGGCGACCUUCGUCGAGGACGUCGAGGCCUACCUCCGCCAGGCCGGGCUCGACGUCAACUCCGCCCUGGCCUUUCUCCAGGAAAGGCUGCAGCAAUACAAAAUAGUGGAGAUGAAGCUUCUAGCACAACAAAGGGAUCUUCAGGCUAAACUUCCUGAUAUAGAGAAGUGCUUAGAUAUUGUUGCAGCGUUACAAGCUAAAAAGGCUUUGGGUCUUAUAGGAAAACAAUCCGACCAGCACCUCCACAGAUGAGCAUCAGAGCAACCGAUCAAGUAAUCCCCACUUGAUAAAGGUCCUGUAGCAAUUUUUUUUGGUAAUUGUAGCAAGUAUACCUUUAUGUAACUAUGUAUUUCGAAACAGAUCCAUUUACCAUUUUCAAAUACACAAACUCAACAGAUAAAAGGUAAUUAGAUCAAUGUUUGGAAAAUGUUGAAUUGAAAA